AUGUUUCCGUUGCCAAACAUUCUAAAAAGGAUCAAGAAACGAAUCUGUGGCAUGAAUCACGAUCCAACUGCAAAUCUUGAUAGUACACGAGCUCGCCGCCACCCCAUAGAUCCCCACCAAAACAAAAUUAUAAAACUCUCAAAUUCUUAUGUCAAUCACCCUAUAUCUGUCUCUCUUUUUAGGUGUGUAAAUUAUACAUAUAUGGGUGUCUAUAAUUCCAUUUGAGUUUUUAAAUCUUGUGACUACUGAAAUUUUUUUGUGGGUUUUGUUAAAUAUUUGAUUUUUUAAUGUGGGUUCUGUGAGAACUAUGCGUGUUGAUAUAGGUUUUGGAGAUUGGCGUUGUUUAUUGAUUCUUAUAUAUGAUCGUUUUGGGGUGCUGGGGUUUGUGAAGUGUCUGCGUAGAGAUCUUUUUGAUUUGAAUUGAUACUCAGAAACUGAUACUACUCUAUUGUAACAUUGUUUGGUUGUUUACGUCGGACCUCACUUUGAUUUAAAUUUUUUGGUUUGCGAAGAUUAUUCAUUUUCGAACUUGUGUCUUGGGGGAGUUGGAUUUGGUUUUUAGUAUUGUGUUAAGAGAGAACUUCUUGCUUGAUCCGAAUAUUCAAUUUGUGACUAUGUCUGGCGGAACACCUGUUGGUUGUAAAAGCAUGAGGCAGAGGCAUAGUCAAGGAUAUGCCUCAAGUGGUGAUGAUCUUGAAGAUGAUGCAUGUUCAAGGCCAAUGUCUCAACCUUUGUCAUUGCCAAGAACUCGGACAUGGGUUGAAAUUUUGGAAAAUUUUCUCUGGAUUGCUUCUGCCGUUUUUAUUGUGUAUUAUGGGGACAGGAACUCCAAUCUCAUAUACCUCCUGUUGCAUGAUGAUCGGAUUAGAAGGAUACCAUUGUAUAUGGGGAUGCUGGGUGUCAGUUUGAAUGUUCUCUUUUUCGUGUAUAUGAGUUUGCUAGCUUGGGGAGUCCGAAAAUCCAGUGAGAAGUGGGAAAUAUCUAGUACAGCUGCACUGCCAUUUAUCACUUUUCUUGGGCUUUUGUCCUUCUGCUUGUUCUCCUUUGCUCUAUGGCCAAUUUGGAGUUUCUUGACAUUGCCUCUUGUGGUAUGUUUUUGAUUAUGUUCUAGAUUUUUUUGCAUGUUUCUAUUUACAAAUGGUUGAUUCAAGGGCAAGCUAGUCUCUCUUCUUCUGUCUUGUUCCGUAAAGGAAUACAUUUAUAUAUUAUAUGCGCAUCUACACUCAUUUAUAUAAUAUAUGCACAUUUACCCUGAAAACUAACUGCAUAACUUUUUUGCUAAAGUGUUCUAUGUGCAUACCUGCCCUAUGUCCCUUACUUUAGAACACUCUUCGUAUUUGUAUAGUAAAUUUCUUGUACCAUUUUAGUCCUUGGAAUAUAACAUGUGAUAGAUGGCCUACCAGGGCAAAGCCAAAGGAGCACAAGGGCUGAUACAUAAAAAAAUUUCAUCCUUCCUUUUUUUUAACCUGUGAAAAAUUAAGUAGCUGUCCCCUAUCUCCACCCUGUGGCCAACAUAUGUUGACAUUCUGGAAAUUUUUUGAUAAAUCUCUCACUGAUAUGAGGAAGGAAGGAUUUGGUCAUCCUCUCGAUUGACUGCAAAACAUAUGCCUUUUUAGUUGGCGUGGAUACUGAAGAAAUGGAGGAUGAUCGAUUCAAUUUCAAACGGUCAAGUUAGGUAUUGAUGGAGAUGAAGGAGAAUUGUCACCUUUAACUGGGGAUCACCAUGGGCGACAACUGCAUUGUGCUGAGUGGUUGGCUUAUCACAUCUUCUAUGAAAGCUUGUCUGCUGAAUCAUGAAACUUGCUCCGUUUUGUUUGUAGUCUUUUCUCAACAGUCACCUUUAACUAGGAGUCACUAUGGGUGACAACUGCCUUGCGCUGAGUGGUUGGCUUGUCACGUCUUCUGUCCACGAUUGUCUAGCCAAUCAUGGAAUUUGCUCCCUUUUGUUCGUAGUCUUUUCUGUUCUAUGUAUUGAGAUUAGGAUAAGUACCCACUGGGGUGGUUGGGCUUCUGAAAUGGAUAUUCUCAAUGUCAAGCUGCUUUCUUUUCGGCUUUAACUUGAAAUCAGCUAACAUUCUCUCGUUGGUUGCAAUUUUAUUUUUUAAGCCACCUAGUCUCUUAUUGCUUUAAUGUUAAGCUUAGGCCUUCAACUUUUGGUUUUUAUCCUACGAGUCCCAUGUCUUCCAUGUCACUCGGGUGCGCUAGUGUGGACUCUCAAAUUUUGAAAGUUCUAUGUUUUUACUUUUUACUAAAAAAACUUGGCUUUCAUUUCUUGAUUUCAUUUUGGAAUAUAACUGUAUUUAUAACUUGUUUCAAUUCGUCAGCUUAGUAAACCUUGGUUAUACUUUGAUCACCGCCUUGGUCAGAAUUAAUUGUUAUUGUGGUCACAUAUAAGGUACUAAGCUGCGUGAGCACGUUUAGCUAAGCUUAAAACAUUUACUAAUUAGUAAAUAAGUACGUUGUGAAAUAAAUAUAGCCCCCGUUUGUUUCUCAUUUUUGGAAGAAUGAGAACGAAAAAUAUAAUCGUUACGGGCCCCACACAAAAGAUAGAAAUUCAAAUUUGGUGACUUGAUGUGAUGGAUAACGGUCAUAUUUUUCGUUUUAAUGAGGAAAAAAUGAGAACCAAACAAGGGCAUAGUUUUUAAUUCGUUAAAAUCAGAAAGAAAUUUGGUUAUUUUGACAAUAAAGUAAUAAUUACUUUCAAAAUAAAUCAAUCUUUA